AUGUCUAAAAUCAACUUUCUUCCCGCAUUGAGGGAGGACAAAUUAGAAGCCAUCGUAGAUUUUGCUUUCAGCGUUGAAAACUUCUGCGCAACCGUCGACGCAUGUGGAUUGGAAGAAUACUUCUACAAUAUGACCUUCCUUCAUCAACUCGUCAAUAAGCUUCCACCAUCGAUCAAGUUAAAUUGGGCGCAGUACCGAUUAUCGCUGCCUACGGUCAAUAUACCGUCUUUCAGCAGCUGGAUCUAUUCUCUAGCAGAAGCUGCUAGCGCUGUUACCAUUCCGAACACCACACUCGAAUCCAAAACUCUGCUUAACGACUCACGCACAGCCAAGAACAGCAACUUCUUCCGCUAUUCCAACGCGAAAACUGCAGCCGAUAGCUGCCUAGUUUGCAAAGCAAGCUGCAAAUCGAACACCAAAUGCAAACGUUUCCUGGAGUUCUCUCGCGAUUCUCGCUGGGCGACGGUUCAAGAUCUAGGGCUCUGUCGCCGGUGUCAGGUGUUGUUCCGCUACCUACCCGUAGUGCUUCACGGUAAACACCGAUCAAUUGAAACAUUCGCCUUCCUGGACGACGGCUCCGAGCUCACCUUGCUCGACAAGGAACUGGCGGAUGAGCUGCAACUUGAGGGAGAUGCGGCCCCGCUAUGCUUGCUUUGGACUGGAGGAGCGAAGCGUCGAGAGGACGACUCAAAGAAUGUCAAGCUUGAGAUAUGUUCAAAACACGACUCCAAGAUGUACACCAUGCAAGGGGUACGCACAGUUGCUGAAUUACUCCUUCCGACACAGUCUCUCAAUGUCGAAGAGUUGUCUGAGCUAUAUCAACAUCUCAAAGGUCUUCCGAUCACCUCCUACCAAGAUGUCCGGCCAAGAAUUCUCAUCGGAAUGAAGGAUCAGCACCUCAGCCUUGUUAAAAAGAGCCGCGAGGGUGCACUGCACGAGCCGAUCGCUGUAAAAACCCGGUUAGGUUGGACAAUUUGUGGUGGAGGGAGUCAGAAUAACGCCACCAAUUUAGUACACUCUGUGUUUCACAUCUGUGCCUGCAGCCCGUCUUCGUACGAGGACCUACAUAAAAUGAUGAAGGAAUACUUCGCAGUAGACAGCCUGGGAGUUGUUCAGCCGAAGAAACGUCUCGUCUCAGCAGAAGAAGAGCGAGCGCAGAAUCUGCUCGAAGGCCGCACAGGCUAUGCGAGGAAGGUCACCGAUGAAGAACGUUCCAAAAACUUCCCCCGGACGUGGUAUCUACCUAUAUUUCCGGUAACGAACGCCAAUAAGCCAGGCAAGAUCCGAAUGGUGUGGGAUGCCGCUGCAGUAGCCCACGGAAUAUCUCUUAAUUCCGCGCUACUCAAAGGACCGGAUCAACCCAGCGAGCUGUUUACCAUACUGGUACAAUUCCGUGAAGGCCGGGUCGCUUUAACUGGAGAUGUGCGCGAAAUGUUCCUGCAAGUGUUCAUGCGUCCGGAAGACCAGCAAUGUCAGCGGUCUCUCUGGUAUGACGAAGAUGGGACCCUCUUUAUAUACGCUCUCCGAGUGAUGAACUUCAUGGCGUGCUGCUCCCCUAGCAGCACUCAGUUCGUGAAAAACCUAAACGCCGAGCGCUUCAAGGGGGACUAUCCAGCGGCGGUUGAAGUGAUCCAGAAACGGCACUACGUUGAUGACAUGCUAGUGAGUGUGGCAACAGAGAAAGAAGCUGUCGAACUCGCAUUGCAAGUGAAGGAGGUACACGCAGCUGGUGGCUUUGAAACCCGUAAUUGGAUCAGCAACUCCAAACGUGUCGCUGAGGCCUUAGAGGAGAAGAACACUGAAGAAAAGAACCUCGAUCUUUCACCGGAAUUAGCCACGGAGAAGGUGCUUGGUAUGUGGUGGUGCACCGACGUAGACACCUUUACCUACAAGGUUGGGUGGGACCGAUACGGCCGAGCGCUGCUGGAGGGCCAACACCGGCCAACAAAACGACAAAUGCUGCGUGUACUUAUGUCCGUGUUCGAUCCGCUUGGGUUAAUUGCCCAAUUUCUAAUGUAUUUGAAAAUACUGCUUCAGGAAGUCUGGCGCUCCGGCAUCGGCUGGGAUGACCAAAUCAGCAUUCCUCGGUGCUACAUCAGCGAGUCAAGCAUCCACUACGGAGACAUACAGCUUCACACAUUCGUAGGUGCAAGUGAAAACGGUAUCGCGACUACCUGCUACUUACGAUUCAACCAUCAGGAUGUUGUCGAGUGCAAAAUAGUCGCCGCCAAAACCCGAGUCGUGCCGUUGAAAUUCCUCUCUAUACCUCGCCUAGAGCUUCAGGCGGCCCUGAUCGGCUCUCGACUUGCCCGAACACUCUCCGAAUCCCUCACGAUCCACAUUUCUCGUCGAGUUUUCUGGUCUGAUUCCCAAGAUACCCUGUGCUGGAUCAGAUCUGACCACCGUCGUUACUCACCAUUCGUAGCGUUUUGGGUUAGCGAAAAUCUCGAGCUGCCGGAGAUGGCCGAAUGGAGAUACGUUCCCACCGAUCUGAACGUUGCGGAUGAUGGAACAAAAUGGAAAGGACUUCCAAAUCUGAAGCCCACAAUUUCUGUAUCUCACGGAAGAUCAUUGGCCACGCACGUCGAAAGGCUCUCAAACUACCGACCCAGAACUUCGUCCCAGUGCAAUGACACAUUUAAUUUUUCUGAUCCCAUCUUACAAGUGAACGACUUCUCCAAUUGGGGUCGAUUAGUUCGAGUUGUUGCAUUUGUACAACGUUUCUCCAACAACUGCAAAUUGAAACGCUUGAAGCAGACUAUUAUAAGCUGCCCUCUUUCCAGCUCAGAAAUAAGCUCGGCUGAAGCAUAUCUACUACGCCAGGUGCAGUUGGAAAGUUAUCCCGACGAAGUCACUUUUUUUCAACAAUCGCAGCACGAGCCAACAGCACUUAAAACACCGUUACCAAAAACAAGCCCGCUGCACCAAAAAUCACCUUGGCUGGACCAGAAUGGAGUUUUACGAAUGCGAGGCCGCAUCACCAACUGCGAUUACGCAACUGAAGACGCCAAAAAUCCAAUUAUCCUUCCACGUGACCACCCAACCACCAAAUUAAUUAUUGCACAUUUCCACCAAAAAUUACACCAUCAGAACCACGAGACCGUAAUCAACGAAAUUCGACAGAAAUACAGUAUUCCGAAGCUGCGCACAGCCUUCAUCAACGUCCGAAUUAACUGCCAACGCUGCAAGAACCACAGAGUCGAUCCAAAAGUGCCAAUCAUGGCGAUUUACCAGCAGCUCGAUCACAUGCCUUCGCAGCCCCUUCACCCUGUCGGCGUGGAUUUUUUCGGAUCAUACGAGACUGUCGUCGGUCACCGAUCAGAAAAGCGUUGGGUAUGCUGGCCACUUGCCUUUAUACAACCCGCGCAAUUGAAGUCGCCCAUUCACUAA